AUGCCUAGUUUUGUUAUGAGCCAGGAGUCAUUUGACGAGAAGAGUGUCCCCAUUGAGUUCAAGAAGAAUGGAUCAAAGUUUUUGGAUGCUUUGCAAACUGAUAAGCUAAGACAUCUACCACUGUUUGAAGGCUGUGAUUCAGAUUUCGUACAAUUACAGGCCAUCAACAAACAGAUUAACAGGGCUAGACGAGUUUUGGUGCUCACAGGUGCUGGAAUUUCUUGUAAUGCUGGGAUCCCCGAUUUUAGAUCAUCCAGUGGGCUGUAUGAGCUGGUGAAGCGUCAAUAUCCCGAUGCAAGCAUAAGGUCGGGCCAGGAGAUGUUUGACAUAUCGUUGUUCCGUGAAGAGAACAAGAUUCCAGUGUUUGCCAGUUUCAUGGAAAAACUGUACAGUAGUGCAAGAGUGGCACAACCGACCAAGACGCACCGUUUUAUUGCACAUUUGAAGAACAGGGGGAAGCUUUUACGAUGCUACACGCAAAAUAUCGAUGGUUUGGAAGAAACGUUGGGUCUAGAGGUAUCGUCAGAACGCGAUAACAGUUCAACAAUGGCCAAUCAAUGGAAAAAUUUAGACGUGGUGCAGCUGCAUGGUGAUCUGAAUAAACUGAGCUGCACCCAGUGUUUCGCAACUUGUGACUGGAACAGAAUGCUGUCUAGAACGCUACGAAGCGGUCAACUUCCCAAUUGUCCACGCUGCCAGGAUACUAACCAUCAAAGAUCGCUUCAAGGCAAGCGGAAUACCGGGUCUAUUGGACUUCUGAGACCCAAUAUUGUUCUUUACGGUGAAAAUCAUCCGAGUUGCGAGUUUAUAACCCAGGGGCUCAACAUAGACAUCGCUAAAGGGCGGCCCGACUUGUUUUUCAUCAUGGGGACGAGUUUGAAAGUCGAUGGAGUGAAAAAGCUGGUCAGAAACAUAAGCAAACAAGUUCACGAACGUAACGGCCUUGUUAUCCUCAUCAACAAGACUAAAAUCGGGGAUUGCAAUUGGCACGGAAUCAUAGACUAUCAGAUAUUAUCUGACUGCGACGAUUGGGUCGACCAUUUACAGGAGAGCAUCCCAGACUUGUUCAAGACACAACAACAGAUUGAAAAAGCCAAACAGCUGCGGAGAGAAAAUAGCGAGAUUCGCAAGCGCCAGAAACAGGAAAGAAAGCUCACACCGCCAUCGUCACCCACUAAGCGCAAAAAACUUGUAUCGUCAAAACCACUUGACGCUCCUCCAAGUCCACAAAGUACCUCAUCCGAAACAUCAUCAUCCUCAGUGCAUUUAAAAACCGAAGCAAGCGAAAUUGUUUUUAAGCUUGCUCUUGAAGAGGCCAGAGCACAGCCUUGCAGCAUAUCCGAUAUAAGGUCACUCCCGUCUUUGCAAAGAGAAGAAAUCUUAUCCAACGAGACCGACACGACACUGGAGGGUGAACUCACAGAAGUUGAUGAUGAGGAUUUGAACCCACCAUUGUACAGAACUUCCAAAGAAGCACCUCUUGCAGCAGCUAGAUAA